AUGGCUCCACCGAAGUUCACCAAAAUUCCCACAGACCAGAUCGGAGUGUCAGGGGGUGUGGCAUCAUUUGUGUGCCAGGCCACUGGCAACCCCAAGCCAGUCGUCUAUUGGAACAAGAAGGGCAAGAAGGUCAACUCCCAGCGUAUCGAGACCAUAGAGUUUGACGGAGGCGCUGGAGCCGUGCUGAGGAUCCAGCCUCUCAGAGCUCCUCGAGAUGAGAACGUCUACGAGUGUGUGGCACGCAACAGCCAAGGAAACAACACCACCACUGCAAAGCUGGAUAUUAUCAGAGAGGACGUGUUACCGUCUGGCUUCCCGAGCAUAGACAUGGGUCCCCAGCUGAAGGUGGUGGAGCGGACAAAGACAGCCACCAUGGGAGGAAGGCCAGAAACUAAAGCACCCCUGACCCAGAUAUCUCCUGGUCUCAGAGUGGGACUUUGCAGAAACAACCCCCGCGGAGAUGAGAAGUACUCUGCAGGAGCAUUGCAGAUCGAAAACAGCGAGGAGACGGACCAAGGGAAGUACGAGUGCGUGGCAAACAACUCCCAAGGCGUGCGCUAUUCCUCCCCAGCAAACCUUUAUGUGCGAGAGCUUCGAGAAGGAGCUUCAGAUUCAUUGCGCCGCGUGCCCCCUCGUUUCUCUAUCUCACCCAACAAUCAUGAGAUCAUGCCCGGGGGGAGCGUCAACAUCACCUGCGUGGCCGUGGGUUCGCCCAUGCCUUACGUCAAGUGGAUGUUGGGCAUGGAGGACCUGACCCCGGAGGACGAGAUGCCCAUCGGACGGAACGUGCUGGAGCUCAACGGCGUCCGGGAGUCGGCCAACUACACCUGCGUGGCCAUGAGCAGCCUGGGCAUCAUUGAGGCCACUGCUCAGGUCUUAGUGAAGACUUUACCAAAGCCUCCUGGCAUGCCCAUCGUCACAGAGACCACAGCUACCAGUGUCACCAUCACCUGGGACUCGGGCAAUCCCGACCCCGUGUCCUACUACAUCAUUCAGUACCGGGCCAAAGGGCCAGACAGCAAGUAUGAGACGGUGGACAGCAUCACCACCACCCGCUACAGCAUCGGUGGACUCUACCCCAACACUGAGUACGAAAUACGGGUGUCGGCCUUCAACAGCAUCGGACAGGGGCCGCCGUCGGCACGCGUGGAGGCUCGCACCGGAGAGCAGGCGCCUGCGAGCCCCCCGCGGAACGUGCAGGCCCAUGUUAUCUCUGAGAACACGGUGAUGGUGCGCUGGGAGGAACCAGAGGAGCCCAAUGGACAGGUGAAAGGCUAUCGUGUGUACUACACCAUGGACCCAUCCCGAGCCAUUAACGAGUGGCAGAUACACAACGUGCAGGACAGCGUGAUUACAACCAUCCAGAACCUCGUGACCUCAGAGACAUACACCAUCCAAGUCCUCGCCUUCACCUCUGUAGGCGAUGGCCCUUUUUCAGAUCCUGUACAUGUGAAAGUUUUGCGUGGAGUUCCAGGUCAACCAGGAAAGUUUAAAGUCGGGAAGGUGACAGACACCAGCAUUGAGCUGACCUGGGAGCCCGUGCACAACAAGGAGAAAAUUGUCAACUAUGAGCUUCUCUACAAGCCUGUCAAGUUUGGCAGUUUGGAGAAGUUGACCUUCGGGGCCAGGAACUCUUACACCGUCGACGGCCUGAAAGCGAACACCGAGUACUCCUUCUCCCUGGCCGCCAUCUCCAACAAAGGCAUCGGCGCGUUCACCAACGAACUUGUGCAGAGGACAUCCCAAGCCAAGCCCUCAGCUGCACCUGAAGGUGUGUCCUGCGAGAGUGUCAGCUCCACCUCACUGGGAGUGAGCUGGAGGCCGCCUCAGGUGGAGGCCCAGAAUGGCGAGUUGGCAGGUUAUGAGCUCAAAUACCAAAGGGUUUCUGGGACAGGAGGAGAAGAAGGAGGAGAAACUCAGGGCUUUGAAGUGGAUGGGCCUCCCAUCACAGCGCAGCAGAGACAGAUUGUGUUAGAGGGCCUGGAGAAGUGGAGCUGGUACAAUAUCACACUGGCAGCCUCCACAGCAGAGGGGACCGGACCCAGAAGCCCGGCCGUGCUGUGCAGAACACAUGAGGAUGUUCCCGGCGCCGCUCCCCGACAGGUGGACGUUCAGCCCCUCAACUCCUCAGCGCUCCGGGUAACGUGGCGCUCUGUGUUGCCACGGUUACGGCAAGGCCAGAUACGGGGGUACCAGGUGCACUUCAGCCGCACGGAGAGCGGUGAAUCACGCACCCUGCCCCGAAUCAAAGACCUUCUACUGGAUGAAUCCCAGAUGGAGGAGGAUGAUUCGACUCUGUAUGAACUGGUUUUAGGAGGUUUGAAAGCAGAGACUUUGUACUCUGUCUCAGUGGCUGCAUACACCACCAAAGGGGAUGGAGCACACAGCAAAGCUAAGCUGGUGCAGACCACAGGGAUUGUGCCUGGCUCUCCGUCCCUGUGGGUGCGUCCGGGAUCCGGCUCGUCUGUGGUGGUGAGGUGGUCUCCUCCGCUUGAAUGCUCCGAGACAGGUUCUGAUGGCCGGGUGGCCCCAGUGGAAAUCCAGGGCUACCGCCUACAGUUCGGGCUGAAGAACACUUCUUUAAACGGCACUGUGGAUUUCCAACCUCAAGAGAGAAAUUUCACUGUCAGAAACCUCUCCCCAGGGUCCUCCUACAUCUUUGUCCUCUCUGCAAAAAGCCGAGCCGGCUACGGAAGUGCGACGCAACAGGAAAUAGCUGUUCCCAUGUGUCCGCCCUCAGGAUACCCUAAAAUAAUCGAUUUUGUGAAUGCUACCUGCUGCUCCCUCCAGUUCUCCUGGCUGCCUCCCGCCCCAGACGAGUGCAGCAGUGCCGUCACAGAGUACACCGUAGCUUACAGAAAGGCUUCCAACUCGGGCUCCUCUGCCCUACCAGCCUCCUCUGAUCCCCCUUGGCUCAUCACACUUCCUGCAAGUGAGUCCAGCUAUACCAUCUUGGGCCUGAAUCACAGCACAGCCUACGAGGUGCAGCUCAGAGCCCACAACCAGGCAGGGCCAGGCCCUUUCAGCCCUCCUCUGUUGUACCUCACCCUGGCCUUUGAAACAGAUGUGCCGAGAAAUUUUUCUGUCAAUCUGGCCACCAAGACCAGCGUUCUUCUCACCUGGGAUUUUCCAGAAACCAGCAACCCCUACCGCUUCAUUGUGGAGUACAACCGUCAGAAGAUGGAGGUGGACGCACGUUUGAAGAAGGCAGUCAUCCUGAACUUGCAGCCAGACACCAGCUAUGACUUUAAAAUCACGGCUCCCGAGGGCAACAUGGGAGGCCUUCGCCACCGCAUCACAGCCAAAACGUCCCCACCAAUCACCAUCCGCCGUCCUGAGAUCGACCAAAGUCGCCGUGAAACCGAAGCCACGGUCACCAUCAUCCUGCCGUUGCUGGAAACUCGCACUCCUGUCAAGAACAUUUAUGUCGUUGUGGUUCCACUGCGGAGAGCCCGCGGCGUCAUUAGACACCUGAAGAGUCCAGAUGAAAUGGACCUUGAGGAGCUUUUGAAAGACAUCAGUCAAAGGCAGAGGGAUUCUCGACAGCAGAAGCAGGUGGACCUAAGGCGGGCUUACAUCACAGCCCGUUUCACACCUGAAACCCUACCAGCCUUCUUCUCGUUGGGGGACCAGCUGGACUACGGAGGCUUCGAGAACCGUGCUCUAGAACCGGGCCAGGAAUACGUCUUUUUCAUCCUGGCUGAACUGAACUCCACAACAGGGAGGAUGUAUGUGGCCAGCCCUUACACAGACAAAGUGAUCGCCCCGGAUUCAGACCCCCAACCCUUCGAUGCGGGCGACGGACUGAUCUGGGUGGUCGGACCCGUUCUGGCUGUGGUCUUCAUCAUCUGCAUCGUUAUUGCUAUCCUCCUUUACAAAAACAAACCUGACAGCAAGCGCAAAGACUCUGAACCAGGAACCAAGAGCCUUUUGAGCAACGCGGAGAUGAUGGCUCAUCACCCGACGGACCCUGUGGAGAUGAGACGCAUCAAUUUCCAGACUCCUGGAAUGAUGAGCCACCCCCCCAUCCCCAUCAGUGAGCUGGCUGAGCACAUCGAGCUGCUGAAAGCUAAUGACAACCUGAGACUCUCCCAAGAGUAUGAGUCGAUCGACCCCAGCCAGCAGUUCACCUGGGAGCACUCCAACCUGGAGGUGAAUAAACCCAAAAACCGCUACGCCAACGUCAUCGCAUACGACCACACCCGAGUCGUUCUGGCUCCCACAGACGGUAUCCUGGGGAGUGACUACAUCAACGCUAACUUCAUCGACGGGUACAGAAAGCAAAACGCCUACAUUGCCACCCAGGGGCCCCUGGCGGAGACAUUCGGGGACUUUUGGAGGAUGGUGUGGGAGCAGCGAACCGCCUCUGUCGUCAUGAUGACGCGGCUAGAGGAGAAAUCUCGGAUCAAGUGUGAUCAGUACUGGCCAAGUCGCGGCACGGAGACCUACGGGAUGACCCAGGUCACGCUGUUGGACACAAUGGAGCUUGCCACUUUCUGCGUUCGCACUUUUUCUCUACAUAAGAGUGGCAGCAGUGAACGGAGGGAGGUGCGUCAGUUCCAGUUCACCGCCUGGCCCGAUCACGGUGUGCCUGAAUAUCCCACCCCCUUCCUGAACUUCCUUCGCAGGGUCAAAGCCUGCAACCCUCCUGAUGCCGGACCCAUCAUUGUUCACUGCAGUGCCGGCGUGGGUCGCACUGGCUGUUUCAUUGUCAUCGACGCCAUGCUGGAGCGCAUUCGGCAUGAGCGCACCGUGGACAUCUACGGCCACGUGACUCUCAUGCGCUCGCAGAGGAACUACAUGGUGCAGACAGAGGACCAGUACAGCUUCAUCCACGAGUCGCUGCUGGAGGCCGUGGCCUGUGGGAACACGGAGGUGGCGGCCCGCAGCCUGUACUCCUACAUGCAGAAGCUGUCAAAGGUGGAGCCUGGAGAGCAUGUCACCGGCAUGGAGCUGGAGUUCAAGCGUCUGGCCAACACCAAAGCUCACACAUCGCGGUUUGUCACAGCCAACCUCCCUUGCAACAAAUUCAAGAACCGACUGGUGAACAUCAUGCCCUACGAAACCACUCGCGUUUGCCUGCAGCCCAUCCGCGGCCUGGAGGGCUCUGACUACAUCAACGCCAGUUACAUAGACGGCUACAGGCAGCAACGAGGCUACAUUGCCACCCAGGGUCCACUUGCCGAGACUACGGAGGACUUCUGGAGGAUGCUGUGGGAGCACAACUCCACCAUCGUUGUUAUGCUUACAAAGCUGAGAGAAAUGGGACGGGAAAAGUGUCACCAGUACUGGCCCGCCGAGCGCUCCGCCAGGUACCAGUACUUUGUGGUUGACCCGAUGGCGGAGUACAACAUGCCCCAGUACAUCCUGCGGGAGUUCAAAGUUACAGACGCCAGGGACGGCCAGUCCAGAACGGUACGUCAGUUCCAGUUCACCGACUGGCCCGAGCAAGGCGUGCCGAAAUCUGGGGAGGGCUUCAUCGACUUCAUCGGCCAAGUGCACAAAACCAAGGAGCAGUUUGGCCAGGACGGACCAAUCGCCGUUCACUGCAGUGCUGGUGUGGGGCGGACAGGUGUCUUCAUCACGCUGAGCAUCGUCCUCGAGAGGAUGCGUUACGAGGGCGCAGUGGACAUCUUCCAAACUGUCAAGAUGCUGCGGACACAGAGACCGGCCAUGGUGCAGACUGAGGAUGAGUACCAGUUCUGCUAUCAGGCUGCUCUUGAGUACCUGGGUAGCUUUGACCACUAUGCAACAUAAGAGAGAAAAACACACAUCCACCUUUUUGCUUCAACAAAACAACAAACGACAUGAGAGAAGGGGAGGGGUGGUCCAAAACAGCGACAACAUUCAACUUUUCCUGGAAGCAAGAUUUAACGACCAAUUCUGCACCGACUAGCGACAAAAACAGCAACAAGAGUUCUCUUAACAGCGGCCGAGCUCACCAGUGCUUUCCCUGCUGGGUGAAGAGACUAUCCAUGUGUAAUCCAUAUACUUACCUCAGUGUUCCAGUGUGAAGGACUUAUAAAUACAUGUGUUGUGGUCAGCUAUCUCAAGUAUGAACCAGUGAAAUACAAAAGGUUUCUGAACAGGAGCUACGCUACUCUAUGUGUGUAAAAUACAAAAAGAUCUAAGAGAAAAACAUUAAAAAAACAGAGCCUGGAUAUUUGCUGCACCCUAAAUGGGCUUUUUAUCCUCAACUUUAUAUCUAUUAGUUUGAUGUACUAAAGGAGUAACAAGGUGAACAUUUCUUUGUGUCUGUGAGUCGACUUCACGGACGUCUACAGACCCGUCAGCCCUGAGGACUUUGUGGAGACGCGGGUGGCGGCUCAUUCACCAGAUUGCACAGUGCCAAGACAAAGCCGCGCAGCGCAAGCAAGAACUGUGGCCUAUAAGGAGGCAUGGCUCCUAUUUGUUACCCAGCACAACGACAGACCGGUCAGAGAGAAGUCUCGCCCCUUGUACACCGGCCCCAGAGUCUUCAGCGCCAGGUUAAAGCCGAUCUGGGGGGGGUCGCACUUAGAGCCCGUCGAGUCCAACCAAAAGCGGGCUGGGACCUGUAACGCAGUUCCUCAUCAACAAUAGAUCCUGCUUGCUGUUUGCUAUCGUCCGUGUUCAUCGUCCAUUUUUGCUCCCUCUUGAAUGUCUGUCCCCCAUUGUGUUGGUUCAGCAGUGGCUUAGUGAAAGAGAUGCUUGCAAAAGAACUGAGCUCUAUAUUUCUCCCUCAGUUCGCUUUAUUUUUCGUUCAUAUCUGCAGGUCUUUCUGUGUUUUUGAUGUUUUCCUUUGCCUUAUGCAGACUUGAUUUUUCUCUUUAACACGCUGCUUGACGCUCACACAUUGUUUUCAAAGCUUCUGCUGUUAAACGCCACAUCUUAUGUUAAGAACGAAAGCUUUGUCAUGGUCAUCUUCCUGCUCCAGUGUUUUCCUACUUGAAUUUGCACUGCGUCGCAUUAAAAUCAUUCCUAUAUUUUUACUUGUUGAGCUUGCCGCUAAUGGAAGAUAAUGAAAUCUAUUUUAAAAAUGAGAAAGCUUGAGGUACAGUGCCUUGCAAAAGUAAAAAAAAAAUUUUUAAAUCAUACCCCUUGAACUUAUUCAUCUUUUCUCAAGUUUUAACUGCAAACUUUAACAUAUUCAUAUGCAUUUGAAAUUUAUGUGACAGGACAGUAAAACUUAGUGCAACAUAUGAGAAGUUUUAUGGAAAACAUACAUGGCUUUUAAAACUUGUAUGUUUCUCCCAACAGUGGAUCACAGUAGAUGUUAAUAAAUACUGUGAAGAUCCCAUUUGUGGACUUCUCUCUCUCCACAUUUAUAAAUUCCUCAUUACAAUAAUCUACAUGUGUUUGGAAUCAUCCUGCCUUAGUUUUUGCCCAUUUGUCUUUACAAAAUAGUUCAAAGUCAGCCGGAUGGAAGGAGUCUGCAAAUAUGAACUUGCAAGCAGUGUUUACUUCCAUCCCUCUGUCUUUAAACUGUGUUUAAAAAAAAAAAAAAAGCAUUUCCCACAACAUAACUCUGCCACUACCAUGUCUCAUGACCGGAUGGCAAGUUCAGGAGGAUGGUUUAGUUUUAGUUUUCUGCCACAAAUGAUGUUUUGCAUGCUGGCUCCAAAUAUAGGUUUCAUCUUACUUUACUGCUUCAGCUGACUCCAGGUAGAAAUUUGUUAUGUAACAAAUCAGACUCCCAGCGGUUGAAAUUUUCAAAGCCGACUAUCAUUUGCCUUCCACUUCUCACUUAAUUCUCCACUUCCUGUUGCUCUAUCACGGUAAACGCCAAUAAAACACAUAAAAGUUUGUGAUUGCAACAAAACAAAAAUGUGGGGAAAUGACUUUUGUGAGGCGCUGUACGUUUCCUGUCUCAUUUCCAGUCCUUCACAGAAACCCUAUAUAUUUUUCUGUCUCAUUUAUCCGUCUGUACAGAAGCUCCCAACUUCACUAGUCAAUGUGAACUGCUCCCACUCCAGUGAAACGCCUGUGAUGUUGGUGUGUAUCUUCGACCUAAUUCGCACAAUUAUCCCAAUUGAUCCUGUAGUGCUGAAAGAGCACGUUGAGGUCCCAGUGUGAGGCCCUCUGCGUUUGUACAUACAGCCUGCCACUAGAGUCCCACGCAGUACCGUUCCAAAUAUCCGAGCACAGCGUGUUUAAAGUGGGACUGGAUGUGGCGUACUGCUUUUCGUCGCUAAAAAGCCUUAUUGUUCUCGCUCACUUUGUCGUAUUUAAUUCAUAUGGUUUUUAAAAAAAUAUUUAUUAUAUUUUGUUAUUUUAAUUUUGUUUGUUUUUUUCUGGUUGUUUUAUUUAUUUGUUUUUUUUUUUGGAGUAUGACAUUGUUGCUUUUUGUUCUUUCCAUUUUUUUUAUGUGCUUUUGUUUAAGUGAUUUGCUUUGUAUUGAGAGCGUAUGCCCUCCAUGCAGGGUGCUAUUUGAUACUAAUUACUGAUGUCUGAUUAGUUAUGGAGAUGUACAGUAGAGGCAGAACUAUCUAAAGUUUACAAGUGAUGCCUGUUUGACCCCCACCCAGCCCCACCUCGCCUGAUUUGACCUCCCAUAUGUAGCUGCAGCAGCGAUGCAUUUAAUGGCAUCGGAAAAGUUCGACAUAUAGAUCAGAGUGAAAUUCUCCUGAUGUGCCGUUUGUGUUUAGUUUGCUUGAAAGCACAGAGUAGCAGGUGUAUUUUCGACGGGGAAUGGGUACGAUUCGUCUAGCUACACAUGUUACACACACACACACACACACACGCCCUCAGAGCUUAUUGUCUGAAUCUGAACUUCUUCUCAUAUGAACUCUAUGUGUGGUCCUGAAGUCUUGGCAAUGUUUGAACAUAUAUGAAAUAUGUUACUCCCUCGAUUUCUAAUGAUUAUUGUGUCAAGAGAAAUAUAUAAACAGGCACACGCAAAACAUAUAAUGAACAUGUGGAGGGCCAGCUCUGAUGAUGCCAUACCCCUCACUAAUGUACUUGUUCUUUCCUUUCAGACCAUAGAUGUAGAUAUUGUAUCUUGAAUUUGUAUUAAAAAAAGCAAGAUGAUAGGA